AUACGCAUAUGUUGGCAUGUAUCAACAAACCCUGCCCUUUGAAUUGUAAAUUACGAGUUAUAAAACUGAUAAUUGUUGCAGUUUUAUUGAGUCUUUGUUAAAACACUUAUCGAAUUUCCAUGAUGACCUUUAUGACGUUUGUAAUACGAUCCUACAUAUGUUCUUUGAAAACAAGAGGAAUGCAAUUAUAACACAAAGAUAAACAACUAAAGUAAACAAAACAAGGAGAAUAAAAACAAAAAUAAUUUUAAAUAGUUAAAAUUUAUCAAUCAAUAUGGUUAACCCAGAUUUAUUAGAGACUCCAGUACCUUUGAAAAACAUACAACAAUAUUUGAAAAUUGCAGCCACUCAUGACCAACGAGAUCCUGUUGUUAGCUACUGGUGUCGACUAUAUGCUCUUCAAACUGGAUUAAAACUUUCAACCAAGACAAGCGAAGAAACUAAUUUUCUGUUAAAAUUAAUGGACUGGUUGGAAACUACUAAAAAGGAAUCACGAGAAAAUGAAGCUAUUACAAAUGAAGUAGCUGCGCAAGCACAUUUAGAAAAUUGGGCACUCAAGCUUUUUCUUUAUGCUGAUAAAAAUGAUAGAGCUGCUAACUUUAACAAGAACAUUGUUCAGAGUUAUUUCACAGCAGGUCUCUUGUAUGAUGUCUUGACUGUAUUUGGUGAACUAACCGAGGAGGCCACACAAAACAGGAAAUAUGCUAAAUGGAGAGCAACCUAUAUUCAUACUUGUUUAAAGAAUGGAGAAACACCUGUACCUGGACCUGCAGAGGAUAAUGCUGAAGAUAUUGAUAGUGUCGAAGCAGAUGAUGAUACUAGUACAGGAAAAUCAAAAGAAGGAGAAGCAGCAUUAAAUUUAAACAGAGCAAGCGACGUGCCUAACACUGACUCGUUCGAUGCAAUGAAAAGUGCAUCUAACAAAGAGAGUAUUGGAGAAUGGUCUUCCACAGUGAAAGAUGACUACUGCCCGACGACGGGAACAGAAGGAGGAGUUGAAUUGUCGGUGGAGCAAAUGAGCAAGGCACAGAAAUGUAUUAAGUGGGCUGGAAGCGCUUUAAAUUACGAUGAUAUACCUACAGCUGUGUUAAACCUGCGAAAAGCUAUACAUAUUUUAACCACUGGACAAGAGCUCGAAUAAACUGGAUUAGUUGGUCUUCGCACUAGAAUCGGCAAU